AUGAAUGCAGACUCAAAGGAGGUUUUACCCCUGGAUGUGCAAGCUCCUGAGGUUUGGGAAGAACUUCUGACAGUGAAAAUGGAGAUGUACAGUCGCCUCCAAGUGCAAGAAUCCAGGUUGAAAUGUAGUAAUCCCCUGGCAAGGGAAAUUUUCCGAAGGCGCUUUCGACAGCUGUGUUACCAGGAGACCCCUGGACCCAGGGAGGCCCUCACCCGACUCCAGGAGCUUUGCCACCAGUGGUUGAGGCCACAUGUGAGCACAAAGGAGCAGAUCGUGGAGCUGCUGGUGUUGGAGCAGUUCCUGACCAUCCUGCCCGAGGAGCUGCAGGCCUGGGUGCGGGAGCACUGUCCAGAGAGCGGGGAAGAGGCUGUGAUUUUGCUGGAGGAUCUGGAGAGAGAGCUCGAUGAACCUCAACAUGAGGUGGUAGCCCACACGCAGGGGCAAGAAGUCCUCCCUGAAGAGACAGUGCCUCUGGGAGCACAGACAUCACUGAGCCUCCAGUCCCGGCCUGAGGAAUCCCAGCUCACCCAUGACACUGCUCAGCAGCCCCACCCUAUUGGAGAGACAGAUGGAACGGCCAAGGCUGAGGACAGAGAGCUGGUGCUGAGGAAAGACUGUCCUAAGACAGUGGAGUCCCAUGGGGAGAUAUUUUAUGGACAGACCUGGGAGGAAUCCCCCCAGGAUCCCCAACGUGGAGAGCUCGGGGACCCUGAGGGUUGGGCAGUGGGGCAGUGGGGCAGCCCCCGAGGGGAGGGACAGCACAAGUGUGAUGCGUGUGAGAAGAGCUUUGCCCAGAGCUCAGGCCUUGUUUGCCAUCAGAGAAUCCACACCGGGGAGAGACCCUACGAGUGUAGUGAGUGUGGGAAGACCUUCAGUCGGAGCUCUGGCCUUUUCAAUCACCGAGGGAUCCACAACCUACAGAAACGGUACCGCUGUGUGGCGUGCGGGAAGGCCUUCAGUCAGAGCGCGGGUCUGAUCCAGCAUCAGAGAACCCACAGGGGAGAGAGGCCCCAUCUGUGUGGCCAGUGUGGGAAGAGCUACAGUCGGCGUUCGUUCCUCAUCGAGCACCAGAGGAGCCACACGGGUGAGCGGCCACACCAGUGCACCAGGUGUGGGAAGAGCUUCAACCGCCACUGCAACCUCAUCCGCCAUCAGAAGACCCACACGGCGGCCGCACUGGUCUAA